AUGCCUUCAAUACCUUCAAACGGGAACACAGGCAAGCUUUCCUCAUACGAGGCCAGUACACAGGCCAGGAACUGGAGAUACUCGGUUGACCAACUCACCCGUAUACGGACGUCUCUCAACCAAGCAGCUGUUGGAGUUAUUCGGAAUACUUUCGAAAGUGAUGAGCCAGGUUCUUCAAGCAACGUGUCGUUCUUGAUUGCCGAUGAAGAGGUUUUGCUGGUCAAACUCUACAUCACAAAAAUUACGCAGUUAUGUGGCCUUUUCCGUUUCCCAGAGGAGGUAGAGGCAACAGCAAUCACUUAUUUGAAACGAUUCUACCUGAAAAAUACGGUCAUGGAUUGGCAUCCUAAGAAUGUCAUGCGAGUGUUGACGGCCCUAUUUCUGGCCACAAAGACUACGAACAACCCAAUUUCACUUGAAACAUAUACAGCUCAUAUCCCAAAGACAUCCCCAAAUGAUGUGCUUGACCUUGAGUUUCUCGUCGCUCAAAGUUUAGGCUUUGAAUUUGCCGUUUGGCACGCUCAUAGAGCUCUAUGGGGGAUUUGGCUGGAUAUACAGAACCUUCCUAGUGUGACAGAGAAGCUCCAACCUGAAUUGUAUGAUACUGCGCUGGGCCACAUCAGAGCCUCUCGCUUAACAGACGCCGAACUGAUAUAUACACCAUCGCAAAUCGCUCUUGCUGCCUUUUCUUUAACUCUGCCAGAUAUUACCUCGGAGUGGAUAGCCUCGAAAACUCCCUCUGAUUCUUGGCGCCUAACAAAGUCGAUUAAUGAAAUCAAGGAGAUGAUUACAUCGCAAGGCCAUCCGCCCAACAUAGAAUCGGUGCGUGAAGUGGACAGACGGCUGAAAAUCUGCAAAAACCCGGAGAAAGUUGUAGGUAGCAAGGCGUACCUGGCUCGGAAGCGGGAUGAAGAACGAAUAGCGGAGGAAAAACGCAAUAAAAAGGUGGCAGAACUGCAGAAAGAACUAGAUGAAAGUGAUCCUUUCGGAACGGAACUCGGCGAUAAAAGAAGAGCAUUGGCAGGCGGUUUGGUAGAUUAUGACGACGACGACGACGACGAUUGA